ACCAUUUCUCUCCACUCAUCACAAAGCCAACGCAAUAACCCCCCCACUUCCACCUACCAAAAGCCAACAAGAGAGGAAGACAGACCUCGGAGGGAGUGGUGAGAGAGAAAUGGCAUCAACUGCUUGCUUCCUCCACCACCAUGCACCCUCCACCUCAAGGACUCCAUCACGUCCCAUGCCGCGCAUCAGGCCUACCCAGCUGGUCUGCAGGGCCCAGAAGCAGGCAGGCCUAGAAGCCGAGAGCGACGCCGUGAUCUCCCGUCGGCUGGCUCUGACGGUCCUCGUCGGCGCUGCUGCCGUCGGUGUGAAGGUCUCGCCUGCCGAUGCCGCCUAUGGGGAAGCAGCUAAUAUCUUUGGGAAGCCGAAGACAGACACAGACUUCUUGCCAAUCAGUGGCGAUGGCUUCAAGCUGAUGAUACCAUCAAAGUGGAACCCAAGCAAAGAGGUGGAGUUUCCUGGUCAGGUGCUGAGGUUUGAAGACAACUUGGACUCCAACAGCAACGUUGGCGUCAUGGUCACCCCCACAACAAAGUCAUCCAUCACUGACUAUGGCAGCCCUGAGGAAUUCCUCUCACAAGUUGAUUACUUGCUAGGGAAACAGGCUUACUCCGGCAAAACAGUCUCUGAGGGUGGGUUCGACCAGGAUGCUGUAGCAACAGCCAACAUAUUGGAAAGCUCCACACCGGUGGUAGGUGGGAAAAAAUACUACAACAUCUCAGUUUUAACGAGGACAGCUGAUGGAGAUGAAGGUGGGAAGCACCAGCUCAUAAUCGCAACAGUUUCAGAUGGUAAACUAUACAUAUGCAAGGCACAAGCUGGUGACAAGAGAUGGUUCAAGGGUGCCAGGAAAUUUGUGGAGAGCACAGCCAACUCCUUCAACGUUGUAUAAGAAGGAGGCGUUAUGUGACAUUUCUUUCUGUAAAUGAGUUGAAAGCAAUCAGAACUGCCAUCUUUAGGAUCAGAAUAUGUUUAAUAUGAGUUGUUUGAUAAGAAAUCGGUAUAUGGGAUUUCAAGGUGCCACUCAAGCAAUUUUAAUCUGAAAUAUCUUUGGAAAAAAUCUCCAUUUCAUUUGUACCCCCUAAAUAUUGUUUAAUUAUAUAAAAUGUUAUAAUUU